AUGAGGCCGCUCUUCCUUGUCGCCCUGGUGGCCGUCGCGUUCUGCGUCGCCGCCGCCCCGGCGGACGCCCAGAGGACGAAGCUGCGCUUCAGGGCCACCCUCACCCCCAGGAACGCGCUGCCCACCGCGCUCACCAGGGCGCAGACGCAGGCGCAGGGCAGCUUCACGCUGACCUUCACCAGGACCGAGCCCAGAAACGCCACGUGGUCCCUCAGCCUUGGCAGGCUCACUGGCCAAAACGUGCAGGCAGCCCGCGUUGCCGUUGGCGCGGCUGGGCAGACGGGCCCCGUCCUCACUACGCUGUUCACCGGCGGCUCGGGCAGCUUCGGCAGCAAGCUCGUCUCCGUCUCCCUGACAGAGAACGUGCUCGCCACUGCUGCCAACGGCUUCGCCACCAUUUUUGCGCGGGCCAACAACGGCACCGAGCUUUGUGAGCGGGCGGCGGCGGAGCUGAAAAAUUGA